GGGUUUUGCGAGGUUAAUGGGUUUGAUUUAAAGCUGUUCUUCAUCCACACAUUUUCCAUGGUACCCAUAAUUUGCUUUCUUUUUUACUCUUUUCCUUGUGGUGAUUAUUCUUUACAAAGUUGUCUGGGAUUUUCGUAUUCAAAUGGCGAGCUACAUGCAUGAUGAGUCACAGAUGGGAAAGCUUGUGUAUAAUUUAGCGAAAGAAAUAGAUGUCAAAAAUGGAAAGUUGGAAGAAAUGGAACGCAAAUAUGCAGAACUUUCUGCAUCAUAUGGUAGGUUAAUGGAGGAGAAACUGAGGCUACAUCAAGCUUACAUGGACGAAAUGAGGAAGAUGCAGUACAUAACAUCCAAUCCCUUUACGUGGUUUCUCCAAAAGAAUAACAACUUAGAUUCCGACUUUGAAUCUCGAAGAUUAGAACUUCAAGCUAAAGAAGAGGGGAAGUGUGAGGCCCAAGAUGCCCUGAAUGUGGAGAAGAAAAAGCAAAAGCUAAACACAGUGAAGGGAAAAUUGCCUGCAGUACAAGAUAUGGGAACUGCCAAUUUUUACCAUUUGCAGCAGCAGAUUGAAGAUCUAGUUAAAGAACUAAGAGAAAAAGUUGAAGAAAUGGAAGAUAUGGAAACCCUAAAUCGGACUUUAAUGGUUAAAGAGCGCAGAAAUAACCAUGAGUUACAGGAAGCACGCAGGGAACUGAUAAAUGAUUUUGAAGAAUUAUUCAAUAAAAGCACCAAAAUUGGGAUCAAGCGAUUGGGGGAGAUCAACGAGGAACCAUUUCAAGAAGUAUGCUCGCAGAAGUUCUCAUCUGAAGACUGGGAGGUCAAAUAUGCUGAGAUAUGCUCUUUUUGGCAGGAACAAAUUAAAAAUUCAGAUUGGCAUCCUUUUAAAAAGAUUCAUGUUGAUGGAACACUGACAGAAACAGUUGAUGACAAAGAUGAAAAAUUAAAAAAGCUCAAAGAGGAGUGGGGUGACAAAGUAUAUAAUUCUGUGACCACAGCAUUGUUAGAGUUAAAUGAGUACAAUGCUAGUGGGAGAUAUGUGGUUCCAGAGCUGUGGAACUUCAGAGAAGGAAGAAAAGCAAGCUUGAAAGAGGUCAUCCAGCACAUUCUCAAUCCGCUAAGGACCCGGAAGCGCCAAAAAAGAUGUGACCAAGGCCAGCAUUCAUUUCAAAUUAGGGAUGUUAUUCUGCUUUGACCUAAAAGUAAUUUGGAAUCUCUUAGCUAUGCUGAACGUUCGCUGGGUUUACUCAUUGAAAGACUGGCUCUAUGUUGAAGGAACAGCCCUUGUAUAGGGCUAUUCAGAUAUUGAUUUGGGACUUCAUAUUCGUUUGCUAUCCCUGGAACAGGAAAAGUUCCAGGGUUUAUCCAGUUUUCAUAAGCUUCAUAUUUUAGAUGCUGUAUUUGUAUUCUGGCUUUUCUUUGGCCAUAUGAAGCCUUGUAGAGAUAUAUGCUACACCAUUCUGUAAGGGAAGAUCAUACCCAUAAACUAUCUCUUAUUAAUUUAUUAGUUGAAAGUUAAUGCUGUUGCCAUU